UGGAAAUGAUCAGUAGGUCAAGCAGCAUCUCUGGAGAGAGGAAGAUCCAGAAUUUAGAAUGGCAAAAAAGCUGUUGCUGUUAGAUCUUGACUGUGGAGUGGACGAUGCCCAAGCAAUGAUGAUGGCUCUUGCAGCUUCAAACGUGCACAUCCUGGGUAUAACAUGUACUCACGGAAACACAAGAAUUGAAAAUGUGUGCAAAAAUGUACUUCGAGUACUGCAGGUUUGCCGGAGAACAGAGAUUCCUGUGUUCCGAGGUGCAGGUGCCUCUCUCCUGGGACAUCAGUUAAAUGCGGAUCAUUACCAUGGAAAGGAUGGUCUGGGUGAUGUUCCAGAUCCUAAUGCUCCGGGGUUGGAACACAUACAAGCUGAACAUGCAGUGAAUGCCAUGAUAAGAAUAGCCACUGAACAUGCUGGUAAGGUCACUCUUGUGGCUAUUGGCCCCCUCACCAAUGUUGCCCUGGCAUUUAAAAUGGAUCCCACUUUUCCAGCAAAGUUGAGACAUCUAUACAUCAUGGGAGGAAACAUGGAAAGCAGGGGCAAUGUAACAAUGUGUUCUGAGUUUAACUUUGCAACAGAUCCUGAAGCAGCUUAUAUUGUCCUGAAUCAUUUUGCAUGCCCCAUGUAUAUUGCAACUUGGGAAUAUUGUCUUCGUCAGGCACUGCCUUGGGAGUUUUUUGAGGAGUGGGUAAACCAAGACACCGAGAAAGCUUGCUUCAUGAAGAAGAUAACUGCACACAGUGAAAAAUUUUCCAAAGGCAAGCAAGGUGGUACAGAGAUGUAUUUUGGACCUGGAUUUCUGUCCUGUGAUUCAUUUGCAAUGGCAGCUGCUAUUGAUGAGAGUGUUGUCACAGAACACAUACGAUAUGGUGUAAGCGUGGAGUUGCAAGGUUCAGUGACCAGAGGGAUGAUGAUUGUGGAUACACUUAACCUACUGCAAAAAGAAAAUCAAGCUUUUAUUAUGACAAAAUGUGAUGUUGAAAAGGUUAAGCAGCUGAUGAUGUCUGCUCUGAAAUAGUGGGUUCA